AAGUUCAUUAUCUUUUGUUUAACAUUAGUUAUUUAUUUUCAUAGUUUCCUUUUUUUCCCUCCAAUCCAAGGCACCCCUGAGCCCCAGAAGCCAAAACCCAGUGUUUCGUUUUAGUUUGGUUCUUGCUGAGCUUGCUUACCUCACCUACUGGUCUCUGCAGCUACAUCUAGCAAGUUUAAGAAAGGGUGUGUUUAUUCGGCAGUCACCAUGAGAGUACUUUGGAUUCUGGUGUUGAUGAUUUUUAGUAAUGGGCUUGGGGUAAGUGGGGCUAAUAAAAGACCAGAAUUUGUCAACAUUGGAGCUAUUUUGGCUUUCAAUUCUACAAUUGGGAAAGUUGCUAGAGUUGCAGUACAAGCAGCCAUUGAUGAUGUGAAUUCUGAUCCAUCUAUUCUUGGUGGAACUAAGCUAAGAAUGAAAAUGCAGGACACAAAUGACAGUGGAUUUCUGGGCAUUAUAGAGGCUUUAAGGUUCAUGGAAACUGAUACUGUGGCUAUAGUUGGCCCUCAGUCCUCCGUGACAGCCCAUGUAGUAUCCUUUAUUGCCGCUGAGCUUCAAGUGCCUCUAUUAUCAUAUUCUGCUACGGACCCAACUCUUUCUUCACUUCAGUUCCCAUUCUUUGUUAGGACAUCUCUGAAUGACCUGUUUCAAAUGACUGCUGUAGCUGAACUUGUUCAUUAUUAUGGAUGGAGAGACGUGAUAGCCAUCUAUGGGGAUGAUGACUAUGGGAGAAAUGGGAUAGCUGCACUAGGUGAUAAGCUUGCAGAGAAACGGUGUCAAAUCUCAUACAAUGUGCCUUUGAGCCCAGAAGCAACCAGGGAUGAGAUCACUGAUGCACUAGUUGAAGUGGCUCUAACUGAGUCCAGGAUUCUAGUUGUUCAUACUUUGGCCACUUGGGCUCCAUUUGUGUUUAGUGUGGCUCAAUAUCUAGGCAUGAUGGGAACUGGAUAUGUAUGGAUAGCUACUAAUUGGCUUUCCACUCUGUUGGACACUAGUUCUCCUCUCCCUGAAGACACAGUUCAUAAUAUUCAAGGAGUUAUUACAUUGAGAAUGUACACACCAAAUUCAGAACCCAAAAGAAAAUUUGUUUCUAGGUGGAGCAACUUGACUAGUGGAAUAAAAGCUAAUGGCCCUACUGGGCUGAGUACUUAUGGUCUAUAUGCCUAUGAUACAGUAUGGCUACUUGCGCGUGCAAUUGAUGCAUUUUUUGAUCAGGAGGGAAAUAUUUCCUUUUCCAAUGAUUCAAGGCUAAUUGAGCUAAAUGGUGGGGAUUUGCAUCUUGAUGCCUUGAGCAUCUUUAAUGGAGGUAGAAUGUUGCUUAAAAACAUUUUGCAGGUUAAUAUGACAGGUGUAACAGGUCAAAUCAAGUUCAAUGCUGAUGGGAACCUCAUUCAACCUGCAUAUGAAAUAAUCAAUGUUGUUGGCACGGGGUAUAGGAAGAUUGGUUAUUGGUCUAAUUACUCUGGUUUAUCAGUUGUGCCUCCUGAAACACUUUACUCAAUGCCUCCUAAUCAGUCCAGUUCAAGUCAGAAAUUAUACCCUGUCAUUUGGCCAGGACAAGCAACACAGAAGCCUCGUGGGUGGGUGUUUCCAAACAACGGAAGACAUUUGAGAAUUGGAAUCCCAAAUCGUGCUGUCUACCCUGAAUUUGUUUCCCAAGUGCCAGGCACUGAAGUGUUUUCUGGGUACUGCAUUGAUGUUUUUACUGCUGCUGCCAACUUGUUGCCAUAUGCUGUCCCUUAUAAAUUAGAACCAUUUGGGGAGGGAAUAACAAAUCCAAGUGGCACUGAACUUGUUCGCAUGAUCACAGCUGGUGUCUAUGAUGCAGCAGUAGGUGACAUUGCAAUCACUACUAACCGAACUAGGAUGGCAGACUUUACGCAACCCUAUAUUGAGUCUGGGUUAGUAGUAGUGGUUCCAGUUAAGAAGGUGAAUUCUGAUGCUUGGGCCUUUUUGAGGCCAUUUACUCGCAAGAUGUGGGUUGUCACUGCUUGCUUUUUCAUAAUUGUGGGUAUAGUUGUUUGGAUUUUGGAGCAUAGGUUGAACGAUGAUUUUAGAGGCCCUCCCAGAAGACAAUGCAUCACUGUUUUAUGGUUUAGCUUUUCAACAUGGUUCUUUGCUCAUAGAGAAAAUACUGUUAGCACCCUUGGUCGCUUUGUCCUACUUAUAUGGCUGUUUGUGGUGCUUAUAAUUAACUCAAGCUACACUGCAAGCCUAACCUCGAUCCUUACAGUGCAGCAGCUUUAUUCUCCCAUUACAGGCAUUGAAUACUUAAGGUCAAUAAGGGACCCUAUAGGCUACCAGCAGGGUUCAUUUGCCCGUGAAUAUCUAAUUGAUGAAUUGGGCAUUGAUGAGUCCAGACUGGUUCCGCUUAUCACCCCAGAAGAAUAUUCUAAAGCCUUGAAAGAUGGUCCCCAUAAAGGUGGAGUUGCUGCAGUGGUUGAUGAGCGUCCAUAUGUAGAGCUCUUCCUCUCAACCAGAUGUGAGUUCAGUAUUGUAGGUCAAGAGUUCACCAAGAAUGGAUGGGGCUUUGCUUUUCCAAGGGACUCACCUUUAGCAGUUGACAUAUCGACUGCCAUUUUGCAACUGUCAGAAAAUGGGGAUCUCCAGAGGAUUCACGACAAAUGGCUUAUGAGAAGUGCUUGUAGUUCAGCAGGCACAAAGUUUGAAGUAGAUCGGCUUCAACUCAGAAGCUUCUGGGGUCUCUUUAUGAUAUGCGGAUUAGCUUGUUUCCUUGCUCUCCUUUUACAUUUCUUGAAAAUGAUGCGGCAGUUCAGCAGGCACCACUCUGAGGAGUUGGCAUCUUCUGGUCAAAGCUCAAGGUCUGCACGUCUCCAGACAUUCCUUACAUUUGUUGAUGAAAAGGAAGAGGAAGUGAAACACCGCUCCAAGAGACGACAACUGGAAGGGGUGUCUAACAGAAGUCAAGAAAAAUCUGUGUACAGUUCCAGUUCCAAGAGAAUACGUGUUGACUCACCUUCAGACACAGGUCUUGGUGCUGGUAGUGAAGCAUGAUAUUCAUCUUGGACCAACAGUUUCCUAUAGGAUUAGAAUAACUCUUCUCAGUUGGUUCUCAGCAAGUUCCAAAGAGGCCUUCUGGUAUACACAAGUGAAAAUAGAUAACAUUUGGCAGCAGUUUUUGGUUCUUAAUUAUAACAGCAAUGCAAUAGAUAGCUGGACCUUUUCGGUUUUUAGUCAUAUUUUCCAGGACGCUGGAAAACACGUCCUUGGAAACCUUUGCUUUGCAUUCUAAAAGAGGGGGAAAAAACACUAUAUAUGUACUAAAUUCGUUUCUCCUGUCUCAAGUAAAGGAGUAUGUUAGUUACUACUAACUCUGUUUUCAAUGACUUUUCCCCUUUCAUCUGCAAAUGACGAAGGAUUAAUUAUAUUUUUUGUUCUUGAGAUGCAA